AUGCGAGGAGAUGACCUCAUCGACAGGAGGAGCGACAGGUCGAAAGAGGCCACUGAUAAGAAUGGGGUUUGGCGACCGACGUUGGAAAGUGUUAAUUUGCUCAAGCCUCGGACUUUCAUGAAUCGCUCUGGGCAGGUCCUCGUUGUGUGUGAUGAUUUGACUAUACCACUGGGACAACUGAGAAUGAAACCAGGUGGUAGUAGCGGUGGGCAGAACGGUUUGGAUAGCAUCAUAAAAGUAACGCGUACGGAGGAGGUGGCACGUCUAAGGAUAGGCAUGGGGAAGAGAAUGAUAGGUGGCAGCUUGGAAAAGGUUAAACCUAGCUUAGCUCUGGGCAAGCUCAAUGCUGAGGAACAGGCUCUCUUUUAUGAGGUCUCCAAGUAUGCUGCACAGGUCAUCCGGGUUUGGCUCUUUCGUGGCUUCGAUUUAGCUGCCAACUUGGCAAACACUAUCAAGUUGGAUAGACGGGAUGAGAGGGCUUGA